UUGUCUCACACGUUUUUAUUUUGAAAAUAUUGGAAGAACUAAACCGGAAAUGAGAUUCCUUAUUGAGGCUGGCUUUUCAUCCUAGCGUGGUGACGUUCGACAACAAAGAUGGCAGGAGGAAGCAGCAACUACUGGGAAGAUCUGCGAAAGCAGGCUAGGCAGCUGGAGAAUGAGCUUGACAUGAAGCUGGUCUCCUUCAGCAAGCUGUGCACCAGCUACAGUACUUCCAGAGAUGGUCGUAGAGGAGACAGCAGCUCAGACACAACACCUCUCCUAAACAACUCAACACAAGACAGGAUGUUUGACACCAUGUCUGUGGAAAUGGAACAGCUGUUGGCUAAGCUUACAGGGGUAAAUGACAAGAUGGCGGAGUACACCAGCACACCAGGAGUGUCCUCCUUGAAUGCUGCUCUCAUGCACACCCUCCAGAGACACAGAGAUAUCCUGCAGGACUACACUCAUGAAUUCCACAAAACUAAAGCCAAUUUCCUGGCUAUCCGGGAGAGGGAAGACUUGCUGGGGUCUGUCCGAAAAGACAUUGAGACAUACAAGAGUGGUUCAGGAGUAAACAACAGAAGAACCGAGCUGUUUCUGAAGGAGCACGAACACCUGAGAAAUUCCGACCGACUGAUGGACGACACAAUAAGUAUUGCCAUGGCGACCAAGGAAAACAUGACUUCUCAGAGAGGCUUGCUGAAGUCUAUACAGAGCAGGGUCAACACCCUGGCUAAUCGCUUUCCAACAAUCAACAAUCUCAUCCAGCGAAUCAACUUGCGGAAGAGACGGGACUCCCUCAUCCUGGGCGGAGUCAUCGGGGUCUGCACCAUCCUCCUACUCCUUUACGCUUUCCACUGAGGGACGAGCCUGACCCACAGAGGGACAAGCCUGACCCACAGAGGGACGAGCCUGACCCACAGAGGGACGAGCCUGACCCACAGAGGGACGAGCCUGACCCACAGAGGGACGAGCUUGGCCCACUGAAGGCUGAACACAAAGGAGGAUCAGCUGAGGCUCCGCAUCCAUAGCAUCAGAAACUCUGCAAGACCAGGUUUUCUUAUUGGAGGACCCUCUUGGCGCCCACAUGGCCCAAUCAUAUAACAGGAUUAACCGUGGCCAACAUGGACUACCAAGAUACCUAUUUAGUGCAGAACAGGGGGAGGGGUGGUGGAUGGAUGGGAGACAAGAAUGGCACUUUUACUGUUAUGUUAAGUUUUCCCAUCACAGCGAUAACAUCCUGGUCAGAUAUGGAUAAGGGAACAGAGACCAAAUGUACUAAUAGUACUAGAUUUUAAAAGUUAUAUAACACUCGCUUUGGCAAAGAAUCAGGCUGAAGACGGCUCAAAGAGACUAUUUUCACCGAAUGUCAUUUAUUUCUGGGCUUGAAGGAUUUUUAGUUGGAUGGUUUUUAUGUGGUGGGAGGUGAGUUAUCAUGGGCGGCUGUAAAAUGUGCAUUAAUAAAUUAUUCAUAUACAGUAUGUAUGUAAAACAAAUUGUGUGGAAUUUGACACAUUUAAAAACAUUUUAUUUUUCAAAAUAUAAAAUUUCCACUCAAUGUGA